ACCUCGCCCAAGCCCGAGUACAACGCAUUCGCCAUUCCCUCUCUGCUCGCUCCCGCCGCCACACGCACCCAUUGGUCUCCCCCCUCUCCUCCGCCAUGGCCUUCAGACCUCUCUUUAGCCAGCGCGCCGUCGUGCCCGCGACGUCCGCAAUUCUUGCCGCCGGUCUCUCCCUCUACCCCGUCCGCUCCCUUCACGCCGAGGCGCCACUCACCUCCGAGAUGGCGCGCGAGAUCGACCUCCGCAAGCCCAUCUACGAGGACGCCGCUACCCCGGCCACUGAGAUCCCCAGCCCGCCCAAGGCCGCGCCCAAGCUCUCGUCGCCCACGCCCACGGAACGUCUGGCCCAGCAGAUCGGCCAAGCGCGCCUCUUCCUGCACGGCUACGCCGCCAAGAGCGAGGACCAGCUCAACAAGGGCCUGAGCGAGGCCUUGCGCCUGGAGAACAGCUUCACCAACACGAUUGCGUCGCUGGCGCCGCCCAAGGAGUCGGGCGAGAAGGUGAUGCCGGGCGCGCUGUACGUGGUCGUGGCCGCCAUGGCCGGCAGCAUCGUGACGCGCAACCGCAACAUCCUGCUGCGCGCGACGGUGCCGGCCAUUACGGGCGUCGUGGCCGCCCACGCCGUCCUGCCCAUCACCACGCGCAACGUCGGCAACCUCGUCUGGUCCUACGAGGAGCGCUUCCCCGUCGUCGCGCACAACCACAUCCUCGUCAAGGAGCGCGUCAGCCGCUUCGUCGAGACGGGCAAGGCCCACAGCCAGAUGACGUUCGCCAUGGCCGAGGAGAAGAUUGGCAGCGUGAGGGAAGCUGUCGAGGACUGGGUCAGGCAAGGCAAAUAGGCGUCAAGGCCUGGGGCGGCGGUAUUUUAAAAGAAAAGACGCAGCAUUCGUGAGUUUGUGCCGGGCGCUGGCAGACGCACAGCUGGGCAUAUUUUCGUUUGUGAGCGUACCGGAUUGGGAGUAGACGGAAAAUGUACCAUCAGCGCAGCUUGUAGGUAAGACUAGAGAGUGGGUACCUCCAUGCUCGGUCGUCAAUUGUACAAAACUACC